AUAAAAAACAAUUUUUUUAUAAAUAAUGUCGGUUCGCGCUGCUUCACCAAAAGUGUUACUGGAUAUAAGUUAUAAGCCCUUACCUAAUAUAAUGGAGUUUCAACAGAACGUCAUCAAGCUAAUACAAGUGGAGCAACAAGCCUUCAUACAUAAUCCCAUACCCUCACAUCACAGCUACAUGCCAAUACAAACUCAGCAAAUGCAGCAUUUGCACUUGAACGAGCAUCACAUGACCAAUGUGCCUGAUUACGAUGGUUACUGUCACAUGGAACAUGAGGAAACCGAUUAUAAUAUACCGAGUAGUGAAGUUCUAAGCACUAAUAGUAGCAGCACAAGUUCAACCCCAAGCAGCCUACAAACGGCCUCACCUAUUGCCAAUGUGGGUACUGGCAGCAAAGAGCACAACCACUUUUCUAGUCCAAUUGACGACAAUUCUUCAUUCAUCAAUGAGAAUGGCAAACGUGUACGAGAAUUUGAGUGUAUCGGCAAUGAAGUGCUGCAGAGCAAUAAGAAAUCCUUAUUACAACUACAACAACGUGUCCAACCCACCCAAGACACAAAAUUGUAUGCAGACUAUCUGCCAACGACUGUAACGGAUGUGAUGUCCAACAUGUCAAAUUGUGAACUGAAACCGAACAAUAAUCUAAAUAAUAAUAGCACCAACAAUAAUGAGAAUGAAAAAAAGUUACUACCGCCAAUGCAAUUUGAGUUUCCUGACGAAGAUAUGUGUGAUAACAUUAUUGAAUAUAAAUACUCAUAUCACUUACAACAACAGCAACAGCAGCAACAGCAGCAGCAGCAACAGCAGCAACAGCAACAACAGCAGCAACAACAACAACAAUUGCAGCUGAAUCAUAAUAAUCUAACGAACACCACUAGACUACAGCAAACAUCACAAAUAAUAUCGACAUCAGCACAACUGAGACCCCAACCGGAUAGUCCCUUUGAACAAUAUGAUCAUGGUAAUUCAAUUAAUGGCAGCGUUUACUCCAACUCAGAUCGGGAUGAUAUGGAAUUUAGUUAUCAGCAAACAACAGGUAAUAACAUACAUAUGUAUGCGAAUGAAGAUGAGCUGAGUACCGUCGGAGAUUUCAACGAUUCAAUGAAACCUUUUCGUAAACCGCGUCGACGUACCAAACGUAAGUCUAGUAAAACAGAGGAUACAGAAGACUUUCAAAAUCAACGGGUUAUGGCAAACGUACGUGAACGCCAAAGGACACAGAGUUUAAAUGAAGCAUUCAAAGCACUACAGCAAAUCAUUCCUACAUUGCCGAGCGAUAAGCUCAGUAAGAUACAAACAUUGAAAUUAGCCACAAGAUACAUAGAUUUUCUUUGUCGAGUCUUGUCAACUAGCGAAAUCAAUCUAUUGAAGACGGUGGACACAAAUAAUGUGGCAGGCGGCAGCUUUGCGGCAUCACUGCUCAACACCGUCAACGGCACAGAAACUGACCUCAAGGGACUGCAUCGGGUGACCGGAUCAUCUGUAAUACCACCGGAAAAAUUAAGCUAUUUAUUUGGCGUUUGGAGAAUGGAGGGCGAUGCCCAGGCAAAUAAAACAUGAAUGUCGGUAGCUCUUCCGGGGCUGAGUAGAGUUUGUGUGGCUUGCAGUUGAGCUACAUGUUUCAUACUUUCCAUUUACAUU